AUGACGACCAUCGCAGAAGCUCUGAAGCUCUGGGAAGAGGAGAAUGGUGCUCAAGCCAAGGAGGCUGAAGAGAUUGGGCUACAGUUCCAAUGGCCACCGAUUGAGAAGAUGGAUGGGCACCUAAAAGACCUUAUCAAUUGCCAGAAGCUUUCACUCUCGACCAAUUCAAUAGAAAAAAUUUCCGGACUGAACGGAAUGCAGAAUUUGAGGAUCCUUUCCCUGGCACGGAACAAUAUCUCCUCCCUGGCGGGAUUGGAAGCUAUAGGAGAGACCCUCGAGGAGCUUUGGAUGAGCUACAACAGCCUCCAGCAACUCACUGGGCUGGAAAACCUGCCCAAACUUCGUGUCUUCUACAUCACUCACAAUCUCAUUCGCAAUUGGGAGGAAGUUGACCGGAUUGCCUGCCAUCAAACCCUCCAGGAGCUCUCCUUCCAGGGAAAUCCCCUCGUGGAAGAUCUCGAGGAGGAGGAAUACUACGAAAGGAUGGUCAAACGCCUUCGCAACAUCAAGAAACUCGAUGGACAGCCAAUUGUUCGCCUCGAGGAGACUUCACCAGAUCCACCAGACAAGUAA